AUGCCUGGGGCUAAGCCAACCCCCGCGGGCCCCAGUGACCCCGUAGCGCCUCCAGCCCCUCCAGGCGACAAUAUCGUGGACGACCCCUCGUUCACGGCGGGCGACUUCACCCUCGUCUCGGCCGACAAUGUGCGCUUCCGUGUUCCCUCUGCAGUCCUGUUCGGAAUGAGUUCUGUGUUCCAUGCAGCCUCCACCUUUGAUCUCCAGAAACGUCAAGUCUCGUUCGCCGACACCGACAUUGAAACGGCCGCCGUCUUGCGCCUCUUCCUGACUGUCAUCACAAAGGGACAUAUCGGCCCGCUCCUCCAGAACGGCUACUAUGCGGUUCUAGCGUUCAUCCUGGGCGCCAUCAACGACGACCUCGAGAUUUGCAAGCUGUCCCUGGUGCAAGCGGGGAUCCUCGUCUGGGGAAACAACAGCAAGCUCGACUCGUUGGAGGGUGCCAUCAGUGGCGCGCCCAUCAUCCACCCUGGUGCACUUCCGUUCGAGAUUUGGCACCUCAUCCCGCAACACUACAUUUGGGCUCUCACCCGCGCAAGUUACGGUAACAGCAACGUCACAGCUGCACAACUUCCGGACCGCUUUUGCAUCCUCAUCAGAGAACACCGAGCUCGCUUCGGCCGUCACCAUCAACCCGAGGUCGGGGCCUAG